AUGGUUUCCGCCUGUCCACUAGGCUUCGGUGGGGAGCCCGACUCUAUCCAAGCCCCUUAUAACGAAGGGGCGGCUAGGGAGGUUCCUGAGGCUACUCCGUUGUCUAAGGAGCGAGUAACCUCCACUAUACCUGGGGUGGAUGGUGAUAUGUUCAAGUAUCCUAGUGAGGAACAGUUUUAUAGGACUGUUAAGAGGAAAGGUCAUGCUGUUGAUGCUGCGGACAUGCGUACUGUUGUGGCCAUCCAUAACGCCGUCAAUGAGAGAGCAUGGCAUCAAAUAAAGGAGGUAGAAGGUCGGCUCCAUGGGAAAGAGUGUGCCAAAGAAGCACUACGGCUAGUCAAGUUCGUUGGUCGGCCAGGUGAGGUAUCCCCGAAGUCGCGAUUUAUGCGCUUGUUUGGAGGCUGGGCUGAGCCGUUCGAUCGUCAUGAUUGGUAUAUCGAUCGCUGCGGCACUACUGUGAGGUACGUGGUAGACUUCUACGAUGGGAAGCCGCCUGAAGAGACAGCUCAUUUGCCUCUUUCCCAACAACCAGUAUCGAUUUUCGUUGAUGCCAGACCCGCCAUCUCAUCGGUUGGCCACCUACGCACAGUGAAGACUGCCGCAGAUCACCAGAGCAAGAAAGAGGAAUCUACAAAUCUGACAACUACUACACGAGACAGUGCACCGGUGGCGAUGCUGCAUGGUCAAUCGUUGGCUACAACUCCGCCCAGUGGAUGUCAUCACGAACUAGCUUUCUCGGAGGACACCGAUGCUGAUUCGUGCUCCGACGAUUGCGGCUGGAUCGCCUGGUACUGUAGCCUAAAGGGACACGAAAUGUUCGCUGAAGUCGACGAGGAUUACAUCAGAGACGCUUUCAACCUGUAUGGUUUACGUGCUAAAGUCCAGUUCUACGAUCAUGCGCUGGAGAUGAUACUGAGUGAUGAACGACCCGAUGAAGAAGACCUCGCUGAUAAUGAUUUUCUGGAAAUUUACAGGGAAGCGGUUGACCUGUAUGGUUUGAUACACGCGCGGUAUUGCCUUACUCCUAGAGGCUUAUCUGUGGUGAAGGAGAAAUAUCUGCGAGGGGAUUACGGUACGUGUCCGCGCGUCUAUUGCAACGGCCAGCAUGUGCUGCCAACCGGAAGGGUGGGGGAGGAGCUGAGGGUUGAACCUGUGAAGCUGUACUGUCCUAAAUGCGAGCAGCUAUACGUCCCUCGGCAGAAGCAUGCUCACCUCGAUGGUGCUUAUUUUGGAGCAUCUCUACCUAGUCUGUUCUUCCAGACCUUGCCGAAGUUGAUCCCAGCAGAAGUGCCUGCAUACUUUGAGCCACGUGUGUUCGGUUUCAAAGUACACAAUAGACCAUCAGUAGUGUUGAAGAAACUCCAAAGUGACGUCUCCAAGGGCGCCUCAUAUAUCGACUUUCAAGGGUAUAGCAACGCGGCAGGUCAGCGAGGCGUACCAUGGUGUGGGGUCGAUGUUGCUUUAGAUUUUCUGGAAAUUUACAGGGAAGCGGUUGAUCUGUAUGGUUUGAUACACGCGCGGUAUUGCCUUACUCCUAGAGGCUUAUCUGUGGUGAAGGAGAAAUAUCUGCGAGGGGAUUACGGUACGUGUCCGCGCGUCUAUUGCAACGGCCAGCAUGUGCUGCCAACCGGAAGGGUGGGGGAGGAGCUGAGGGUUGAACCUGUGAAGCUGUACUGUCCUAAAUGCGAGCAGCUAUACGUCCCUCGGCAGAAGCAUGCUCAUCUUGAUGGUGCUUAUUUUGGAGCAUCUCUACCUAGUCUGUUCUUCCAGACCUUGCCGAAGUUGAUCCCAGCAGAAGUGCCUGCAUACUUUGAGCCACGUGUGUUUGGUUUCAAAGUACACAAUAGACCAUCAGUAGUGUUGAAGAAACUCCAAAGUGACGUCUCCAAGGGCGCCUCAUAUAUCGACUUUCAAGGGUAUAGCAACGCGGCAGGCCCGUACCCUUUCCCAGCGGAUCCGGCUGAUGACCAUCUAUUGAGCGAAGAAGAUUCACAAUAGAAUACUCAAGCAACGUCGCAUUGUCUGUCUCAUUGGGCUUGUCAGU